GAUGCCUGAACAUCAGCCUGUGGCAUGGGACAAGCAUUCCACGCAAAAGAUGACCUACACCCCAAAGAUCAUCACGGCGAACGGUGUCAUCAACGGUCCAACGACGCCACUGAAUCGGACUCCUAGCAGAGCUUCAGGUUCAGAAACACAAGGAAGUCGUCAGAACAAAUCUCGUUCACCCAAUGGGUCGAUCAACAAUAAGACACAGCAUGCAUCUCCCAAUCUGGGGCAACGGCGUUCGAGAACCGCAUACAUGCAGUCGGACGAGGAGGAUGAGCUUAGUAGUCAGCCUAACUCGCAAUCACCGAAGAAGGAGCGAAAGAUGAACGGAGCUGCUCUUCCGAAUGGAGGGAAGGAUGAAUUGAAGAGGAGCAAGGAGGAGGAUAUCAGGUCGCACAGGAUGCAGCUGCCGAUAUAUGAUGGAAAGGGGGCGAUCGUUAACGCGGUUCGCGAGAACGAUACCGUGGUUGUUCUCGGCGAGACGGGGAGCGGGAAAACGACUCAGUUACCCCAGUAUCUGUUCGACGAAGGGUUAGCAAAAGACGGCAUGAUCGCUAUCACUCAGCCUCGUCGAGUCGCCGCUGUCACCAUCGCCGCCCGGGUAUCAGUUGAACAAGGCACAUCCCUUGGGGAACAAGUGGGAUACAGUGUUCGAUUCCAGGAACGCACGUCGCGGUUCACGAAAAUCAAGUUCUGCACAGACGGCAUGCUCGUCCGCGAGCUGUUGCUCGACCCUUACCUCGAGAAGUACAGCAUCGUCAUCAUUGACGAAGCGCAUGAGCGGACGCUGCGGACCGAUAUGCUUCUCGGCAGUUUGAAGCGCAUACAGCAAGAGCGGAAGGCAGGCGAGAGACGGAGUAAGGACGGGAAGAAGCUCGAUCAGCUCAAAGUGGUCAUCAUGAGCGCGACCAUGGACGCGGAGCGGUUCAGCAAGUUCUUUGGCGGAUGUCCUAUUUUGUAUGUCUCAGGAAGGCAGCAUCCGGUCGCGAUUAUGCAUGCCGAAGAACCGGUGGAGGACUUCAUCUUUGGUUGCAAGAGGGUAUUCUUGCAGAUACUUACGAACGAGCCGCCAGGAGACAUCCUCAUGUUCCUUCCAGGACAAGACGAUAUCGAGUCCAUGAUGAAAACUACACGUGAUAUGAUCACCCAGCUGCCGCCAAAUCUCGCGAAAGUGCUGUCGCUGCCUCUAUAUGGUGCUCUCCCACCAGAGCAGCAGCGGAAGAUAUUCGAUCCUGCACCUGAAGGGUUCCGCAAAGUCGUAUUUGCGACGAACAUCGCCGAGACGUCUAUUACCAUCCCCGGGAUCCGGUACGUGGUUGAUACCGGCCUGUGCAAAGAGCGGUCAUACCACACCGGACAUGGUGGUAGUGGACUUGAUGAGCUCCUCAUUAAGCCGAUAUCCAAGUCAAGUGCUCGGCAGAGAGCGGGUCGUGCAGGCCGUCUCGGAGCAGGAACAUGCUUUAGGCUAUAUACCGCCGACACGUAUGAGGCUCUGCCAGAAGCGCCAAUUCCGGAGAUACAGCGAUGUGACCUCAAUGCUGCGAUAUUGGAUCUCAAAGUCUUGGGUGAAGAUCCGCUUACGUUUGAUUAUAUCGAUCGGCCGCUGGACGACGCCAUCCGCGCGAGUCUGAUGACGCUGUAUGCGCUUCAAGCACUGAACGCGCAAGGGCAUCUCACACCGCUCGGGAGAAAGAUGUCCUCUUUCCCCCUCGAGCCGUCUUUAUCCCUCGUCGUGAUCUCAUCCAAGGCACGGGCGUGUACUUCAGAGAUACUCGAUAUUGUCUCCCUCCUCACGUGCACUGCGAAGUUGUUUGUGGACACGGGUGAUACGAGGGAAGUCGCUGCGGAUGCAAGGAAGAAAUUCCGACAUCGGGAUGGUGACCAUUUGACAUUGCUGAACGUCUUCCGCUCAUAUGAGGACGUCGUUUCUGCCAACACGAGCACAGGCACCAACAUCAAUGCGGACGCUCGAACUGCCAAUGUCAAGACGAACGGACCGUCCACUUACGCAGGCAAUCGACGCGCUGUCCGACAGUGGUGCUUCACCCAUUUCCUGAACGAGAAAGCCCUAAACGAAGCGCUGACGAUUCGCACGCAGCUGCGAAAUAACUGUGAGCGGGAAGGGAUCGAUUGGAAGGUUUCGUGUGGUGAUGAUCUUGAGCCGGUGCUGAAGUGUCUGCUGGAUGGCCUCUUCAGGAAGAGCGCGUUGAAGGCAGCUGAUGGGACGUAUCGCCAAAUUGGGAUGCAACAGGUGCUCAAGAUACACCCCAGCUCCAGCCUGGUUGACCGGAAGCCCGCAGCGAUCAUAUUUGAUGAGCUGUUGGUCACGACAGCCGUAUACGCUCGCGGAGUGUCAGUCAUCCACUCUUCCUGGCUUGUGGACACCCCCCUCUUCAACAGUAAGAAAGACGAACCUGUGACCCAUGCGAAUGGCCAAAAGGGUGCCAUCCGUAAGAACAAUCACGCAAACGGCACCAACGGCAAUACCAUUUGACCCUGGUCCUGUGUUUCUUGCAUGUCCUGCAUCACCUUAUCUAACAUUCUCUUGUAUUACCCUUGCAUUGUAUGUCAUCCUCAAUAUCUUACACGAGCGUCGCAACCUCUUGGUUGACGAAGUCCUCAACCUUGAACCCGCCUGUAGGUUUCUGAAUAAAGCCAGUCUGCUCCAGCACCUCGAGAGUAUUGGCCAGAACCUCCCCCUUGAUCGUCCCGCACUCAUCAACAUACUUGACCGUCUCGAGCCACGCCCUCACAUCCUCUUCAGGAUAUCCGUGACUCUUAACAAUAUACUCCGCAUCCGCCUUCUCCCUCCCCUCCGGGCUAUCAAACGUUCUCACGAACCCGCUCAAGCCCUUGAGGAACUCCACCACUUGCGUCGCCGGUGCCCGCUCGGGAUUGGUGGAGGAGGCGAUCAUCCAGCUCGGCCAAGGGGUGGGAACGCUCCCGAUGAACUUCACCUCUCCAGAAUCGCGGUACGGCUUGGUGGUAAACCACUCCCACAUGAAGCAGCUCGUACUCCCGUCGUUGACGCUAUCCCUCAAACCCUUGAAGUCGUCGUUAACCUUGAACUCUAGAGGUGUGAUCUUCCCGUCCGGUUCGAACCAGCCUUGCUGCAGAGCCAUGACACACGCCAUCGUCUGACUUCCACUGCCGACGCGAGAGAUGCCGACGGGAGUACCCUUGAGAUCCGAGAUGCUGUUGUACGGCGCUUGAGAGCCGGUGAUCACAGCCCAAUUGAGGGAGCUGGAGACGUACGACCCGCACAGCUUGUAGCACGUCUCGCCUUUCGCCAAACCGGCAAGAAGGGGGUCGGUGAGUGCGAUGGCAAUGUCAAUCUGGUCCUCUUUGAGUGCUUUAAUCAGCUGACCUGUGCCACUUGGGCAGCAGACGAGGGUGAACGUCUUGUCCUGAUCGAAGUUGUGAAACUGCAUGAGCGGUGUGAGGAAAUGUUCGGGAACAUAGCCAAUUCGAAGAGGCAUCUUUGACGGU